GCGAGGUGGAAAUUCUAGCCCCGUGAAACGUCAAACCACCUCACACACCCAAACAAAAAAAGGAAAACAUUAGCAACGUGUCGUCGGGUGCGUUCUUACUUUCGCUCACUUUGAUUGAUUCCGCGCACUAUCGCGCGCGCUGCUGAUAAAAAUGUGCAUCCUCUGUUGACGACGGUCGGGCGAUCGAUCGCAGCAACCUAGUUGCAGUUUCCGCGUGCGGCGAUUCAUUCAUCGAUCGGAAGAGAGAGCGAGCGAGCGCGUGAGGAGUGGAAAGUGUCUUGAGCUUUAAAGCAGGGCUUGCUGGGGUUUUUUACACACAUAGAACAAAAACAGACACCUGUGUCAGCAAGAAAAUAAAAAAAAGCGUCAUGGAACUAACGGUAACUGGAGAGUACGAGACGAAACGGCUCGAGUGGCUGGACCGGCUGGAUGCGGCCACCGGAAUCAACAGUGUCCUGCAGAUAUGCCAGGACAUUUGCACCGGCGUCGAUCGGAAGCAACCGGUCGGGGAGGAACCACCGGGGACGGAGAUCGCGCCCGGUUCGCCGAUCUGGGGCACCCGGCUCUACCUGAACAACGAGCUGCUGGUGCGGUUGCGACGGCUGAUGGAGAGCACGCGGACCACGUUCGCCCAGCGCCGGAUCAUCGCCAAGUCUCUGUUCAAGAUCUACGCGCACCAGUUUCGCCAGUCGCGGAUGGUCUUCCCCGUGGGCGGUGUCCUGCCCAAGGGCGCGAUCGCCGAGGAGGAAACCAUCUCCAUCUACGGCAUGAUCUUCUCCGGCUUCCUCACCCUCCCGGGACUGGAAGAUCUGACCACGAUCGUCAAGCGCAACUUCGAGCUGUUUCAAACGUCCGGCUGUUACACCCGUCACUUCAACACCGUCGCCGAAAACAUGCUGGCCCUCUGCAAGAUUGACCGGUACGACAAGUUCUUCAAAGAUCACCAGGAAAAGAUCUGGCACACGAUCCUACUCAAUCUAGAAUCCCCCUACAAGGGCAUCCGCGAGGGCAUGCUCGCCCUCCUGAAAAAUCUCAUCUACGACGACAAAUUCGUGCGCUCACUAGUACUCCCAGCCAUCCUCCGCUGGAGUUGGCUUAACCGCAACAAACUGCACAUCCUGCUAGCCCUGCUUGGCCGCUACCAGUUCAAAUAUCUCGAGUGUCUCGCCGGCGAACAGAUCCACCUCUACCCCACCCUGGAGCUCUCCCUCCACUACAAGCACCUCUUCUCGGGCAGCCAAGGAAUCGUGCGGGUGCUGCAGAAGCAGGGCGACGAUCGGGUGUUUGAGCUGCAGGUUAAAAUCCUCAUGUACGGCGAGAUUGGACUGGUGCGGACGAUGAUCAAGCAGUGGUUCUCGAACCUGACGCAGGCCGAUUUUCGACGGUUGUUUCAAAUGUUGCAGCUUGAUCAGCUGAAGGUCGGUGAGAAUAGAAAGCUGAUACCGGAGUAUCUGAAGCGGGACAACUUUGUCAAGUUUUUCCAGUACAUGAACCUCUUCCGGCGCGAGUUCCAAACCUGCAAGGACCUCAACAUCCUGCUCGUCCUGAUGCUCCAGGUCAGCACCGAAGUCGAGCUGGAAAGUUCCUCGAUCGCGCUGCUGGUGGAAACGCUCGUCCACCACAUUACGACGCCCAGCGCCAGCAUCCACCCCUCGACCAGCGUGUUCUACAUCUUCAAGCUGAAGGAGUACAUCCUGCAGAACCUGGCCGUGCCGUCCUCGAUCAUCGGGGCGACGUUUGUGGCGCAGAGCGCCAAACUGCUCUCCCACAUUGCGUCCCUCUCGCUGGACCGGUACGAGCAGAACGAGGACGCUUACGCGAUCGUGUCGGAGUUGAUGGGAACGUCGGUGUUCCAUCAGCAUCUGCAGAAGCAGGCCGCACCGGAGAGCAACUACCACGCGAUCAUAACCAGCUUGAAGAUGUUCCAGUGCUUUGCGUCGUUGUUUUUGGAGUUUACCGACGAGUCGCCGUACAGGUUGCAGGAGAAGACCGUGGACGGGGUGCCGCACCUGCUGCCCGUUGAGGCGGACACGUUCUACGACAUGAUCUACACGGUGGAGCACUUGCUGGUGUCGGAGUUUGACGAUGUGAAGGCGACGGCGUUGAGGUUGCUGUACAACAAGCACUUUGCGUAUCAUUACGGGCCGGCGAUGCAGGGUCGGCUGUCGUUGAUCUACUCGUACAAGAACCCGUCGGCGGUGCUGGAGGCGAUGAUCAGCUUCUUUGACGAGUCGCACAUUGCGCUGCUGUCGUCGUUGCGCGACCACGAGCGGGAUCUGUUUGCGAUGAUGAAGAAUGAUGGGCAGUUGUACAAUCAGAUUGACGCGAUCACGGAGGCGUUUUUCGGGUACACGGAGUCGCGGACGUUGCGGAUUCUGGACGACAUUAAGGCGUUUCCGAAGAUGUUGAUCUUGGUGAAUCGGGUGGUGGAGUUUGUGCUGCGAUCGCUGAACUGUGCCAAGACGGACGAGCAGCGGUUGAUGGUGGGGUCGACGUUUGAGAUUAUGGACAAUAGCUUGCAGCUGCUGUUGGAGCGAUCGUCGCAGCGAUCGACGAAUUUGGCGGCGGACAAGAAGACCAUGAUGGUGGCGAUGUGGAAGGCGCUGCGAUCGGCGGGGAGUUUCCUGGAGAAUUACGCCAUGUGGACGCUGGACAAUUACCGGAAUCGGUUGGAUACGAUCGAUCAUCUGUCGAUCUGUUUGAGGGCGUUCAUCAUGAUGCUGCUCAACUGUUGCCACCGAGGGGCGAUCGAGUCCGCUGGAGUUGGGUUUGGUCGGGUGAUCAAGAAGAUCGCCGCGUUGAAGGAGUGUUUGGUUGUGAGGAACGAUCACCGGAGUCGACAGGCGAAGCGCAUCGUGGAGCUUGCCGAGCGGAUGUUCCGCGCGUUGGUUCGACUGGAUCUGCAGGAGAGUGACUUCCGGCGGUGUCGCGGCUACCUCUGGCUCAUCCACAACUUUAUCAAAAGUGACUCUAAUACUAACGCGGAGCGAUCGUAUUUGAAGAUCUACAUCGAGAUGCAUCGGAUGCCGGUGAACGGAAUGCUCGUUCCGGCGGAUGCCCUCAGCAAAAUGUCCGUACUACAGCUACACCAGCUCAACCUGAUGGUUCGUGAGGCCACGAUGAACGAAACGAUCCUCGAGUACAUUGACGACCUGAUGAUCAUCGCGCUGGAGCGGUUCAAAUCCCCCGAAUGGACCAUGCGAAACGCAGCCCUGCAACUGUACUCCUCGAUCGUGACCAAGCUCGUCGGUCAACGGCAGCAGUGCUCCGACCCCGACUGCAACUGGCCGAUCGUGUACGUCUCCCUCAACGAGAUCAUCUUCAAACUAACGAAAUCCACCAAAUACAUCCUGAAGCAACUCCGCUCCGCCGAUCGCGUCCCAACGCCCUUCCUCAUCCUGGUGCUCGAGUUCCUCGCCAAGGUCGAAUACCGCGCGUACAGCGUCCCCGGCCAGAAGGCCACCGUCGUCGACUUCCGGAUACAGAUGUGGCGCUUCCUGAGCCACGAAAACGACCAGGUUCGCAUCCUGGCGGCCACCUGCUUCACCCAACUCCACGAGUUCCACGACGAAAUCCCGCGCAUGAUGGAGAACCUCAUCAUCAUCCUGUUCACGGCCCGCGGCAACGAAAACUUCCGCCACGGCCUGCUCAAGGCGAUCCACUUUUGCAUCCGGAAGUACGUCACCAACGCACGCCACGUCGGCGCCUCCAAGGAAGACUUCCUCGCCCAAAUGCGCCACCUGAUGGAGAAGUACUCCGUACUGGACACGGCGAUGGUCUCCAGCUAUCGACUACGAUACCACCUGCUCGACCUGCUGCUCUACCUCGGUUUUGCCAAGAUGGACCGCACCGUAGUUGCCCAAGUCUUCCACAAGCUGGCCCCCAGCAACCACGGGUUGAACGUGUUCCUCAUGAAGACGAACGCGCUGUACAACGCCCGGGCGGAGGAGACUUCUCACGGUGGCGACCCGCCUGCGAUGGAGUACGAGGUGAUCAUCGAGUGCUCGGACAAUUUUGGCGGCCCCGGAGGCGAUGCGGAUCCCGACGAGGACUAGCGGCGGGGAAAGGGGGUGGUAGAGACGACGCCCCCUCCUCCUUAGAAGAUGUUUUUUCUUGUUAUACUCUUUUGCGUUCUGCAGGUUAAGAUUGUUAGUACAAACGGCACGGUUUUGUCGUUUUAAGAUGUAGGUUAGAAAGUGAUUGUGAAUUCGAUUUUUUAACGGUUGGAUUGAAUGUAAUUGUGUAUAUUGAUGAAAUCAAGUUUGAAAAUAUACUCGUGCAAAGCAGCUUAAAGAUUGCGUGUGUGGACUUGCAUGCAAAUUGGCAAUCAAAUUGCAGCACCAUCUGGUUGUUGAGACAAGAACUAAGAUAAAAUGAUG